AUGAUAUCACUACUUCCAGAAGACUGUCUAAUCGAUAUCUUUGAGUACCUACGAAAUGAUUUUAAAUCUUUGAAUUCCUGUGUUCGUGUUAACCGGAUUUGGAAUGAAAGUGCAAUUUCGAUAUUAUGGAGUAAUCCCUGGAUUAUUGAGGAAGUAAAUGAAAAGGUUAAGGGCCAAGGAAAACAAAUCGAACUCAUUGACAUUUAUAUUUCAUCCUUGCCUCAAAAAUCCAAAAAUUUUCUGCAGCAAAAAGGGAUUGUGAUACCAAAAUUUUCUCAACCUUUCAUAUAUAAUUAUACGAGCUUUAUGAGAACUCUUAAUAUAUCAUAUAUCGAAGAUUGUGUUUGGACUUGGGUGACUAAUCAAACGAAUAAUUCGGUGAGGGACUUUAUACAAAAAGUUGAAUUGAUCAUACUUCAUUUAUUACAAUUAAUUCUGAAGGAAUCAGGAAUUCGAAAGAUUAUCGCUUAUUAUAUUUCAAGCAACAAGGCCACACUCCCUCAAUUAGUUGAUAUUUUAACAAAGUUUCCAGAAUUUGGAACGUGUUUUUCACACCUUCAAGAAAUCGUGUGUGACAGUACCCUUUCAAUAAUCCCUCAAGUGUUUGAAAAGUUAAUACCAUACAGCAAGAUGAUUAAACGGAUCGUAAUAAAGAAAUAUGAGGAUUCGAGGGAACUGAGUAACCUGAUUGGGACUCAAGCCGGUUUGCAAGAACUAUUAAUAUAUCAUGAAAAUUACAAUUAUCUCAUCCCAUUUGCAAAGCAAGAAGUUUUUAAGGGGAUGAUAUUGCAGUCAAAAAAUUUAUUACGAUUGGAACUUUAUUCUUUUGAUUUCCCAAUUCAUACCCUUGGAGAAUUUGAAAAUUUAGAAGAAUUGAAAUUGUUUAGAUAUGGUUCAUCGUUCAUCACUCCUGAAAGUUUAGCACCUUUAGCAACAAUUUCAUUAAAGAAACUUAGAAAGGUCUCUUUUCAUAAUUGGGUUUUGAUGCAUCUUGAAUCCUUUGCUAAUUUUUUUGAAAAUACUAACGAAGAAUUAAGAGAGAUUGUAAUUAGAACAAACUAUACGAUCGCUGAUCGACAAAAUACGGGGAAACUUAUCAAUUCAAUUGGAGUUCAUUGUCCAAAGCUUGUCACCUUGGAAGUCCCUGGUUCGCCUGAGGAUGGUCAUCAAUUGAAAACUUUAUUAGAAUCCUGCAAUAAAUUACAACAUAUUUCCAUUUAUAAUAUUAAUCAAAAGAAUAAGAAAAAUUUAAAAGAAUCCGAAGAGGGAUUUAAUGAAAAUUUAUUACAAAUUCUUACACGUCAUUCUUCGCCUAAUUUGAAUCGUUUAUCGAUAAGUCAUAUUGAGUUUUCUAUGAAAGAUAUCGAAUCAUUUCUUGAAUAUCGUAUAAAAAGAGGGGAAUUUUGA